CGGACGGGGGACGGGCUAGAAGACGCGGAAACAGUCCGAUAAACACCGGAAGUCAGUCAGCUUUCCGCUUCCUAUCCAGAGAUCCGCUCUACUACAUCGUAUCAUAAUGCCAAAAUCAAAGGAAGUGCUGUCUUCCACAUCUGGAAGUGACUCAGACAGUGAAGUAGAGACCAAGGCUAAGAGAAAGAAACCAAGUGCACCUGAGAAACCUGCCAAAAAAACAAAGAGCGGAGAGAGUUCCAAGCCAGGUGGCUCCUCUAAGGGCAGCAGCAAUAGCGAUGACAACAUGUUCCAGAUUGGAAAGAUGAGAUAUGUCAGCGUCAGGGACUUUAAAGGUAAAGUCCUGAUUGACAUCAGAGAGUACUGGAUGAACCAAGAUGGUGAGAUGAAGCCGGGGAAAAAAGGUAUCUCCCUGAAUCCUGAACAAUGGAACCAACUAAAGGACCAGAUUUCAGAAAUUGAUGACGCGAUUAAGAGAAUAUAAGCAUUCCUUUCAGUGUUAUCUGUUGAACUAAGUGAACAUGUUGGCUAAUCAUUUUUGUAAAAAGUCUGGGAUUGUUUUCUAAUGGACUUUAUUUUGUAGUUGUAUAGAUCUAGUGUCGUCUGUAUACUCUGGUUUUCUGUGUGUUUUUGAGCUGUUGUAGUAAAGGUAUAGGUGGAGGAGGUGGUUGAUUGGUGGGUAGAGUGCAUCAAUACAAUUUUUGUAUUGAAUAAUAAACAUGGGGCACUAGCUUAAUGUCAUUGUUCAGUCAGUGUGUAAGUACAUGUUCACAGACUUUCAAGUAAAUAUAAAUCAUAAGACUUUGUUUAUCGGACCUUUGUAAUAUGUAGCACCCAGUAUCAGUGCUCUUUAUUUCCGAAAGCCAAGCCCAGUCUGUCAUGUUGUACCUGUAGGUGACUAGAUUCAUGGGGAACCAUGGGUUAGGUUUUGAAAAUAAAUACUAUUACACAAA